GGGAGGGGGUGGGUGAGUGAGUGAAAGAGAGAGAGAGGGGGUACAACAGGAGGAGGUUACUCAACACAGCGAUGAGAACAUUGCUCAUAUAGCGUCUCUCAUCAUAUGUUUACCUCAGCCUUUUCGGUAGAGACAUUCAUUCAUUUAUUCUUUACUUGGUCAGUGUUGAAAACCUGAAUUGCUGCGUUAUCGCUGCACGUGAACAGAGCAGGAGUGUCGCAUCUCCUCCUGCGCAGACCCGCACCGCGCGCUCACGCCACCGGACACUUGACUGUUUCGAGCCCACUCAGUCAAAAAAACAUGUUUUGGAGCUUCAGCCCCGAUAACUGAGGCCGGAGCACGGGUCUCGACGACAACCGAACUGACUAUAUCAUCUGGUACCUUUUGUGGACGUCGUCACGCGCUAAGUCGUAAUGUCAAGAAGCUCGAUAGAAAGUCAGAGCAGGGGCGGCUCCGUCCGAGAUGUGAGGAUGGCUUCAAACAAUUCCUCGCCUGAAGGAGGUUCUCCGCCCCACCAGAACCGGAUCCGUCAGUCGGACAGUAACACCAGCUUCCUGAGAGCAGCCCGGGCAGGUAACAUCGAAAAGGUUCUGGAGUUCCUUAAGGGCGGACAGGAUAUUUCCACCUGCAACCAGAAUGGACUCAAUGCUCUUCACCUAGCAGCAAAAGAGGGCCAUGUGGAGCUGGUAGAGGAACUUCUGGACAGGGGUGCGGCUGUGGAUUCUGCAACCAAGAAAGGAAACACUGCUUUGCACAUUGCCUGUCUGGCUGGACAGAAGCAAGUUGCAAAACUGUUGGUGAAACGAGCGGCAGAUGUUAACGCCCAAUCGCAGAAUGGCUUCACUCCACUUUACAUGGCUGCUCAAGAGAAUCACUUGGAGGUUGUGCGAUACCUUCUGGAAAAUGGUGGCAACCAGAGCACGGCCACAGAGGAUGGUUUCACUCCUCUGGCCAUUGCUCUGCAGCAGGGUCACAAUCAGGUGGUCUCUCUUCUUCUGGAACAUGACACCAAAGGCAAAGUCCGCCUGCCUGCCCUUCACAUCGCUGCCCGUAAAGAUGACACCAAGUCUGCUGCUUUGCUGCUCCAGAACGACCAUAAUGCUGAUGUCCAGUCCAAGAUGAUGGUCAACAGGACUACAGAGAGUGGCUUCACUCCGCUGCACAUUGCUGCUCACUAUGGCAAUGUAAAUGUAGCGACUCUGCUGCUUAACAGAGGGGCUGCUGUCGAUUUCACAGCCAGGAAUGGCAUAACCCCUCUCCAUGUGGCCUCCAAACGGGGAAAUAACAAUAUGAUUGCCCUGCUGCUGGAUAGGACUGCUCAGAUUGAUGCCAAAACCAGAGAUGGAUUGACACCUCUGCAUUGUGCAGCCAGGAGUGGACAUGACCUGGCUGUUGAGAUACUGCUGGAGAGAGGAGCUCCUAUACUGGCCAGGACAAAGAAUGGCUUGUCCCCGCUGCACAUGUCCGCCCAGGGUGAUCACGUCGAGUGUGUUAAACACCUCCUGCAACACAAAGCACCGGUUGAUGAUGUCACUCUGGACUACCUGACCGCCCUCCAUGUUGCUGCCCACUGUGGACACUACAGAGUCACCAAAUUACUGCUGGAUAAGAAAGCUAACCCUAAUGCCAGAGCACUGAAUGGCUUCACUCCACUACAUAUUGCCUGCAAAAAGAACAGAGUGAAAGUCAUGGAACUGCUGGUUAAAUAUGGUGCAUCAAUUCAAGCUAUCACUGAGUCUGGUCUGACCCCAAUUCAUGUUGCGGCAUUCAUGGGACACCUCAAUAUUGUCCUCCUGUUGCUACAGAAUGGAGCCUCACCUGAUAUCUGUAAUAUUCGUGGAGAGACGGCGUUGCACAUGGCUGCAAGGGCAGGACAGAUGGAGGUGGUGCGAUGCUUGCUGAGAAACGGCGCUCUAGUGGAUGCCAUGGCCAGAGAGGACCAGACCCCUCUACACAUCGCAUCGCGUCUGGGCCAAACAGAGAUUGUGCAAUUGCUACUGCAACACAUGGCACACCCUGAUGCCUCCACCACUAAUGGAUACACACCUCUUCACAUCGCUGCCCGCGAAGGGCAGCUGGAGACAGCCGCGGUGCUGCUGGAGGCUGGAGCAUCUCACUCUCUUGCCACAAAGAAAGGGUUCACUCCCCUACACGUUGCUGCUAAGUAUGGAAGCCUGGAUGUGGCAAAACUCCUCCUACAACGCAGAGCAGUACUGGAUGAUCCUGGAAAGUAUGGUCUCACACCUUUGCAUGUAGCCGCUCACUAUGAUAACCAGCAGGUGGCGAUGCUGCUGUUAGACAAAGGAGCCUCACCCCAUGCUACUGCCAAGAAUGGCUAUACACCACUCCACAUUGCGGCCAAGAAGAACCAGACUCAGAUCGCCACUGCCCUGCUGCAGUAUGGAGCAGAGACCAACGCGUUGACCAAGCAGGGUGUGAGUCCUUUACACCUGGCAUCUCAGGAGGGCCACACAGAGAUGGCAUCCCUGCUGCUGGAGAGAGGUGCACAUGUCAGUGCUGCCACUAAGAGUGGUCUUACUCCACUUCAUCUAGCUGCACAGGAGGACAGGGUCCAGGUGGCAGAAAUACUAGUCAAGCAUGAGGCAAACGUAGACCAUCAGACCAAACUGGGCUACACACCUCUCAUUGUGGCUUGUCACUAUGGAAAUGUCAAAAUGGUGAACUUCCUUUUGCAAAACGGUGCUAAUGUCAAUGGGAAAACGAAGAAUGGUUACACACCACUUCACCAAGCUGCUCAACAGGGAAACACACAUAUUAUCAAUGUUCUACUGCAGAAUGGGGCCAAACCUAAUGCCGUCACCAUGAAUGGAAACACUGCACUCUCUAUCGCUAAGCGUCUUGGGUACAUCUCUGUAGUGGAUACUUUGAAAGUUGUCACUGAAGAAAUCGUCACAACCACAACAACGGUGACAGAGAAACACAAAAUGAACGUCCCAGAAACGAUGACAGAAGUUCUGGAUGUGUCUGAUGAGGAAGGUGAGGACACAAUGACAGGUGAUGGAGGUGAGUAUCUCAGAGCAGAAGACCUGAGAGAACUGGGUGAUGACUCCCUGCCUGGACACUACCUGGACGGCAUGAGCUACAACCACAACCUAGACCGGUCGCAUGAGACCCCCAGUCAUCUUGGUUACAGAAGUGAAGGAAUUUUGAUUGAGGAGAUGAUCACCAGUCACCAGCUUAGCAGGGUGUCUGCUUUCGCUCGAGAGAAUGAAAAAGACUCGUAUCGACUGAGCUGGGGUACUGAACAUCUGGAUAAUGUGGUGCUCACCAGCACUCUUCUGCAGUCAGGUAGAUCAACCCCAUGCCUAGACCAUGACAACAGCAGCUUCCUUGUUAGUUUCAUGGUGGAUGCCCGUGGCGGAGCCAUGCGUGGCUGUCGUCACAACGGACUUCGGAUUAUUGUGCCGCCUAGAAAGUGCUCGGCCCCCACACGGGUAACAUGUCGCCUGGUAAAGAGGCACAGGUUGGCCUCCAUGCCCCCUAUGGUGGAGGGUGAAGGGCUCGCAGGCAAGAUCAUUGAGGUUGGACCCACUGGAGCCCAGUUUCUUGGUAAACUCCACCUCCCUACAGCUCCUCCUCCUCUAAAUGAGGGCGAGAGUCUUGUCAGCAGAAUUCUGCAGCUGGGUCCACCCGGCACCAAAUUCCUCGGGCCUGUAAUAGUGGAGAUUCCCCACUUUGCCGCAUUGCGAGGUAUAGAGAGAGAGCUGGUGAUUUUGAGAAGUGAGACGGGCGAGAGCUGGAGGGAACAUCACUGUGAACACACAGAAGAAGAUCUCAAUCAGAUACUCAAUGGAAUGGACGAGGAACUAGACCCGCCCGAGGAGCUGGAGAAAAAGCGAAUCUGCCGCAUCAUCACAAGAGAUUUCCCGCAAUACUUUGCAGUGGUUUCUCGAAUUAAGCAGGACAGUCACCUGAUUGGUCCAGAGGGUGGAGUGCUCAGCAGCACGCUUGUUCCACAGGUUCAGGCUGUGUUCCCAGAGGGAGCAUUAACCAAACGGAUACGGGUGGGACUACAGUCCCAACCAAUCAGUGAGGAGCUGGUAAGGAAGAUUUUAGGCAGCAAGGCCACAUUUAGCCCAAUUGUUACCUUGGAGCCCAGAAGACGCAAGUUUCACAAGCCUAUCACCAUGACAAUUCCUGUCCCCAAAAGCCAAACCAGUGACGGGACCAACAAUACACCCACCCUGCGAUUGCUAUGUAGCAUUACUGGCGGGACAACUCCAGCUCAAUGGGAAGACAUAACUGGAUCUACGCCUCUAACGUUCAUAAACCAGUGUGUCUCAUUUACCACUAAUGUCUCAGCAAGGUUCUGGCUCAUAGAUUGCCGUCAGAUCCAAGAAUCUGUUAACUUCUCUAGCCAGUUGUAUCGUGAGAUCAUCUGUGUUCCCUAUAUGGCCAAAUUUGUCAUAUUUGCCAAAACACUGGACCCCAUUGAAGCACGACUCCGCUGCUUCUGUAUGACAGAUGAUAAGAUGGACAAAACCCUGGAGCAGCAGGAAAACUUUACUGAGGUGGCCCGAAGCCGAGAUGUUGAGGUACUAGAAGGAAAGCCAAUCUUUGCUGACUGCUUUGGCAAUCUUGUACCGCUGACCAAAAGUGGACAGCACCACGUCUUCAGUUUCUAUGCCUUUAAGGAAAACCGUCUUUCUCUCUUUAUCAAAAUUCGUGACAGCAAUCAAGAACCAUGUGGCAGAUUAUCUUUUACAAAAGAGCCACGAACAUAUCGCACACUAAACCUCAAUGCAAUAUGCAAUUUGAACAUCUGCCUGCCUGUCUACUCAAAGGACUCUGAUUCAGACCAAGAUGGAGAUGAAGAGAGUGACAAGACUCAAGAGAAAUACAAUGAUGGAUCUGAGUCAACAGAAUUUUCCAUGCUGCAAAUCGUCCAUGAUCCUGCUACACUUGCAAGUCCAGAUCUGCUUUCGGAUGUGUCUGAUAUGAAGCAAGACUUGAUUAAAAUGUCAGUCCUUCUGACCUCUGAUAAAUCAGAACAUUCGUUUUCCACAGAAUCAGGACAGCAAUCAGAAAAAACAGGGAAUGAGGAGGCGGAUGAGCCCUUUGUGAUUGUUGAAAAAGUGAAAAAGGAUUUGGAGAAGGUAGAAGAGAUCCUCUGUAAAGGAACAAGGGAUGAAACAAGAGGAGGUGCAGCUGGGAAAUCCAUAAGCAUUGAUAAUGAAGAGUGGAUACUUCUCAGUAAAGCAGAUGUUGAUGAAUUAGAAAGCAAAAAUAUCACAAAGGCUCCAGAGACGGUCUUUCAGGAGGUGCAAAUCAAACGAGACACUAUACUCGGUUCUCCUCCUAAAAGGGAUAUGUCAGGGAUGGUUUCAGAUCUCAGCACUGAUUUAGAGCAGCGCUUUACAGAAAUCCCGGUACAAGUUAGCCAUCCACAAGAUGCAGAAAUUGUUCAACAAAGCUUUAAAGAGGUUAUUCUGACCCGUGGUAGUAAACACCGUCCAGCUAAAAUCAAAAAGCCAGCAAGAAGAAAACGUAUAGAGGGAGAGUUUGCAAGUGGCAGUUCAGAAGAUGAUUUGGAAAGGAUGAGUAGGAGUCAGUCUGAGGAGUCUUUAGAUGAAGAUGCAAUUAUUGGCAUAUCUGUACCUGUUUUCGGAUCAGUUCCUGUGUCUCCCAAAGUUGUAGAAACCCCGAUUGGAUCCAUUAAAGACAAGAUUAAGGCAUUGCAAAACAAGGUUGAAGAGAAGAAGGACGUGGAGACUCAAAAAUGGAAACCUCAAAAAGUGAGUGCUUCUCAAGGGAAGGUUUAUGUGACAGAGACUGAAAUUUCUCCAAAAUCCCCCAAAUCUCCAAGAUCUCAGACAGAAAGGCUAGAAGAAACCAUGUCUGUUAAAGACCUGAUGAGGGCAUUUCAGACUGGGCAGGACCCAUCAAAAUGCAAGUCUGGACUUUUUGAACAUAAAGCAAUUACGACGGUAACCUCUGAAACUGCAAGGUCUGUUGUAAUUCAAGGUCCCCCACACGAUAACCAAAUGACAGUUACAACCCAACAUUUACAAGACGAAAUUGUAGCAGAUAACAAGAUCUGCAAAGAAUCAAGUGUUAUUGACACAACUGAAUAUAAUGAGUCAACGAUAUUGGAUCACGGAACACCAGUGAUGACCCUAGAUAGUACGCAGCCCAGCCAAAAUAAAGCAAGUGAUCAAGCUGAAUUUAUUUCAGAAGUAAUUUUUAAUUUUGGAAAGCAAAGCCCCCCAGAAAACCAGUCUACAAAUGAAAUGGUUGAUCAUAAUGAAAAACCAUCUCAGGAACCAGUCAGAUUUGAGAGUAAGGAACUGCAAAAAACUUCAAAAAUGGUUAUAAAUGAAGACGUGGGGUUGAUGUCUGAGAGAGUAAAUUAUAUCAUAUCCCAAGACCGAAGAUUGUCUGUAGAACCCCAGAUCAGCCCAAACAGGAAACCGUCAGAGGACUUCAGUGCGGACAUUAAGGCAGAACUAGAGGACAAUGCAGAAUAUCAGCUCUUUAAGCAAAUCUCUGGUGCAGUAAAUAAGCAAUAUGUAAUGUGCAGUGAUGGUAUUUCUGCAGAGGAUGAGGAAGAACAAACACACCAGGCAACUAUGGAUUCUUAUUCAUAUGAUGCAGACGCAAACAUUGAAUUUACUAGUAAAGUGGUGCAAGGUGAGCCCUUACUUCUGAGUGAAAUGCAUGAUGAAGAAUUGAAAGAAAGCCCUGAUAGUGACAAACACGAGGCUUUGGCAGACUCUCCUGUCAAUAGUACAGGGACCAAGACACCUCACUCCAGCACAGGGGACAGUGACAAACAUGAGGGACUUGCUGAAACCCCUCAAACUAAUCCUGAAAUCCAUGUUUCUUUUUUGGAUACUACAGCAGAAGACAUAGAGUAUGCAUUUGAGCAGGACGUUCGAAUCAGACAAAACACUAUACUCUGUUCUCAUUCUAAAAGGGAUAUGUCAGAUAUGGUUUCACAUCUCAGCAGUGACUUAGAACAGUGUCUAAAAGAAACAGCAACACCAGUUAGCCAUCAACAAGAUGCAGAUAUUGUUCAAGAAAGCUUUAUAGAGGUUGUUCUGACACGUGCAGCAGAAAUUAAAACUCCAGGAAGAGAGUUUGCAAGAUGUAGUUUAGAGGAUAAUUUGGAAGGAAUAAGCAGGAGUCAGUCUGAAGAGUCUUUAGAUGAAAAUGCAGUUAGUGGUGGAUCUGUACCUGUUUUUGGAUCAGUUUCUGUAUCUCCUAGAGUUGUAGAAACCCUGACUGAAAACCCAGAAGAUAGACAUCCAGGGACUCUGGAGAGUAUAACUGAACAGGAAAUCCAAAUCAUACGAGACACUAGACUCUCUUCUCCCCCUAAAAGGCAUAUGUCAGGUAUGGUUUCACAUCUUAGCAGUGAUCUAGAACAGUGUCUUAAAGAAACACCAGUACCAGUUAGCCAUCCACAAGAUGUAGAUAUUGUUCAAGAAAGCUGUAAAGAAGUUGUUCUGACCUGUGAUAGUAAACACCGUUCGGUAGAAAUAAAAAUGGCAGCAAGAGAGUUUGGAAGUUGCAGUUUAGAAGAGGAUUUAGAAAAAAUAACUAGGAGUCAUUCUGAUGAGUCUUUAGAUGAAAAUGCAGUUAGUGGGGGAUCUGUACCUGUUUUUGGAUCAGUUUUUGUGUCUCCUAGAGUUGUAGAAACCAUGAUUGAAAACCCAGAAGACAGACAUCCAGGAACUCUGGAGAGUACAACUGAACAAGAAGUCAGAGUCAAACAGGGCGCUAUACUCUUUUCUCCUCCUAAAAGGGAUAUGUCAGAUAUGAUUUCACAUCUCAGCAGUGACUUAGUACAGUGCCUUGAAGAAACUGCAGUACCAGUUAGCCAUCCACAAAAUGUAGAUAUAGUUCAAGACAGCUUUAAAGAGGUUGUUCUGACCCAUCGUAGUAAAUAUCAUGAAACAGAAGUAAAAAUGCCAGCCAGAGAGUUUGGAAGUGGCAAUUUAGAGGAUGAUUUAGAAAGAAUGAGUAGGAGUCAGUCUGAAGAGUCUUUAGAUGAAGAUGCAGUGAUUGGUAAAUCGAUACCUGUUUUUGGAUCAGUUUCUGUGUUCUCAAAAGUUGUAGAAACCCCAACUGAAAACCCAGAAGACAGACAUCCAGGGACUCUGGAGACUGGGGGUACAACUGAACAGGAAAUCCGAAUCAAACGAGACACUAUAUUCUCUUCUCCUCCUAAAAGGGAUAUGUCAGAUAUGGUUUCACAUCUCAGCAGUGACUUAGUAAAGUGCCUUGAAGAAACAGCAGUACCAGUUAGCCAUCCACAAAAUGUAGAUCUAGUUCAAGAAAGCUUUAAAGAGGUUGUUCUGACCCAUGGUAGUAAAUAUUAUCAAACAGAAGUAAAAAUGCCAGCCAGAGAAUUUGGGAGUGGCAAUUUAAAGGAUGAUUUUGAAAGAAAGAGUAGGAGUCAAUCUGAGGAGUCUUUAGAUGAAGAUGCAGUGAUUGGUGAAUCAAUACCUGUUUUUAGAUCAGUUUCUGUGUCUUCAAGAAUUGUAGAAACUACAAUUGAAAACCCAGAAGACAGACAUCCAGGGACUCUGGAGAUCGAGGACACAACUGAACAGGAAGUCCAAAUCAAACGAGACACUAUACUCUCUUCUCCUCCUAAAAGGGAUGUGCCAGAUAUGGUUUCACAUUUCAGCAGUGACUUAGAACAAUGUCUUAAAGAAACACCAAUACCAGUUAGCCAUCUACAAGAUGUAGAUAUUGUUCAAGACAGUUUUGAAGAGGAUUUUCUGACCCAUGGUAGUAAACAUCAUUUGGGAGAAGUAAAAAUGCCAGCAAGAGAGUUUGGAAGUGGCACUUCAGAGGCUGAUUUGGAAAGAAUGAGUAGGAGUCAGUCUGAGGAGUCUUUAGAUGAAGAUGCAUUGAUUGGUGAAUCAAUACCUGAUUUUGGAUCAGUUUCUGUGUCUUCAAGAGUUAUAGAAACUCAAAUUGAAAACCCAGAAGACAGAUAUCCAGAGACCAUGGAGACUGAGGACACAACUGAACAGGAAGUCCGAAUCCAACAAGACACUAUACUCUCUUCUCCUCCUAAAAGGGAUAUGUCAGAUAUGGUUUCACAUCUCAGCAGUGAUUUAGAACAGUGUCUUAAAGAAACACCAAUACCAGUUAGCCAUCUACAAGAUGUAGUUAUUGUUCAAGAAAGUUGUGAAGAGGAUUUUCUGACCCAUGAUAGUAAACAUCAUCUGGGAGAAGUAAAAAUGCAAGCAAGAGAGUUUGGAAGUGGCAAUUUAGAGGAUGAUUUGGAAAGAAUGAGUAGGAGUCAGUCUGAAGAGUCUUUAGAUGAAGAUGCAGUGAUUGGUGAAUCAAUAUCUGUUUUUGGAUCAAUUUCUGUGUCUUCAAGAGUUGUAGAAACUCCAACUGAAAACCCAGAAGACAGACAUCCAGGGACUCUGGAGACUGAGGACACAACUGAACAGGAAGUCCGAAUCCAACGAGAGACUAUACUCUCUUCUUCUCCUAAACAAGAUAUGUCAGAUAUGGUUUCACAUCUCAGCAGUGACUUAGAACAGUGUUUUAAAGAAACACCAAUACCAGAUAGCCAUCUACAAUAUGUAGAUAUUGUUCAAGAAAGCUUUGAAGAGGAUUUUCUGAUCCAUGAUAGUAAACAUAAUUUGGAAGAAGUAAAAAUGCCAGCAAGAGAGUUUGAAAGUGGCACUUCAGAGGCUGAUUUGAAAAGAAUGAGUAGGAGUCAGUCUGAGGAGUCUUUAGAUGAAGAUGCAUUGAUUGGUGAAUCAAUACCUGAUUUUGGAUCAGUUUCUGUGUCUUCAAGAGUUGUAGAAACUCAAAUUGAAAACCAAGAAGACAGACAUCCAGGGACCUUGGAGACUGAAGACACAACUGAACAGGAAGUCCGAAUCAAACGAGACACUAUACUCUCUUCUCCUCCUAAAAGGGAUAUGUCAGAUAUGGUUUCACAUCUCAGCAGUGACUUAGAACAGUGUCUUAAAGAAACACCAGUACCAGUUAGCUAUCUACAAAAUGUAGAUAUUGUUCAAGAAGGCUUUGAAGUGGAUUUUCUGACCCAUGGUAGUAAACAUCAUUCAGGAGAAGUGAAAAUGCCAGCAAGAGAGUUUGGAAGUGGCACUUCAGAGGCUGAUUUGGAAAGAAUGAGUAGGAGUCAGUCUGACGAGUCUUUAGAUGAAGAUGCAGUGAUUGGUGAAUCAAUACCUGAUUUUGGAUCAGUUUCUGUGUCUUCAAGCGUUGUAGAAACUCAAAUUGAAAACCCAGAAGACAGACAUCCAGAGACCAUGAAGACUGAGGACACAACUGAACAGGAAGUCCGAAUCCAACGAGACACUAUACUCUCUUCUCCCCCUAAAAGGGAUAUGUCAGAUAUGGUUUCACAUCUCAGCAGUGAUUUAGAACAAUGUCUUAAAGAAACACCAGUACCAGUUAGCCAUCUACAAGAAGUUGUUAUUGUUCAAGAAAGUUGUGAAGAGGAUUUUCUGACCCAUGAUAGUAAACAUCAUCUGGGAGAAGUAAAAAUGCCAGCAAAAGAGUCUGGAAGUGGCAAUUCAGAGGAUGAUUUAGAAAGAAUGAGUAGGAGUGAGUCUGAAGAGUCUUUAGAUGAAGAUGCAGUGAUUGGUGAAUCAAUACCUGAUUUUGGAUCAGUUUCUGUGUCUUCAAGAGUUGUAGAAACUCAAAUUGAAAACCCAAAAGACAGACAUCCAGGGACCAUGGAGACUGAAGACACAACUGAACAGGAAGUCCGAAUCAAACGAGACACUAUAUUCUCUUCUCCUCCUAAAAGGGAUAUGUCAGAUAUGGUUUCACAUCUCAGCAGUGACUUAGAACAGUGUCUUAAAGAAACACCAGUACCAGUUAGCUAUCUACAAAAUGUAGAUAUUGUUCAAGAAAGCUUUGAAGAGGAUUUUCUGACCCAUGAUAGUAAACAUCAUUCAGGAGAUGUGAAAAUGCCAGCAAGAGAGUUUGGAAGUGGCAUUUCAGAGGCUGAUUUGGAAAGAAUGAGUAGGAGUGAGUCUGAAGAGUCUUUAGAUGAAGAUGCGUUGAUUGGUGAAUCAAUACCUGAUUUUGGAUCAGUUUCUGUGUCUUCAAGAGUUGUAGAAACUCAAAUUGAAAAACCAGAAGACAGAUAUCCAGAGACCAUGGAGACUGAGGACACAACUGAACAGGAAGUCAGAAUCCAACGAGACACUAUACUCUCUUCUCCUCCUAAAAGGGAUAUGUCAGAUAUGGUUUCACAUCUCAGCAGUGAUUUAGAACAGUGUCUUAAAGAAACACCAAUACCAGUUAGCCAUCUACAAGAUGUAGAUAUUGUUCAAGAAAGCUUUGAAGAGGAUUUUCUGACCCAUGAUCAUCUGGGAGAAGUAAAAAUGCCAGCAAGAGAGUUUGGAAGUGGCACUUCAGAGGCUGAUUUGGAAAGAAUGAGUAGGAGUCAGUCUGAAGAGUCUUUAGAUGAAGAUGCAGUCAUUGGUAUAUCUGAACCCGUUUUCGGAUCAGUUCAUGUGUCUCCUAGAGUUGUAGAAACCCUGACUGGAGACAGAAUGGAAACUGGGAAGGCAGAAAGUACAAAUAAACAGGCAAUUAUUGUAACAUCUUAUGAAAGAGUGGAGAGUGACAAGAGUGAUUUUAUAUGUGGAGUAAUCUCCCUAGAAAACAAAACUGAAUCACCAUUUCUUGAUGAUUCCAGCACUGAUUUACCACCUCCAUCCACAAAGACUGAGUCACCCUCCCCUAAUGAUUCUAAAAUUGAUUCACUCUUAUCAUUUACCAAAGCUGAUUUACCAUCCCCUGAUGAUUCUAACAUCAUAAUUCAAGACACAAUUCAAGUUAUGCAGUACAGCUAUAUGGAGCCUAUGGGCGGCGAAACAACCAUACAGAAAAGUACAGAAAGUACAUAUACAGAAAGUACUACGGUCUGUAGUGAAAGUAAGAAGUCUAAAGAUUCUGAGAUAAUCACUGAGCCUGAGGGGAUACUUCAGUAUAGUCUUCACAGUGAAGAUGCCCCAAAUAGACCUCUUAAUUUGGAUUCACUGGAGUUUAAAACCAUGACUGACUCCAAAACUUUCUGUCAAAUGGACUCACUUGAAACUAGUCCCGUGAAAGAAGAUUCGUCAUCUCAUAAAAGCCCAGACUCUAUUGAGCCAAGUCCAAUCAAGGAGUCCCCAUGUUCAGACUCUUUAGAUGGAAGUCCCACAGGGCAAGGGCAUGAUCUUCAGGUAUCUGGACAAUUAGGUUAUAUUGAAAGGGUCUUCUCAACGAGUCAGACUUCAAUUUCACAUACUGCAGACUCUGUAGAAAAUGCAGAAAGUCAAAAGAAAAGUGAAUCAUUCCAAUCAUUAGGGACCUUGCAGACCUCAGAUAUGGAAGAUGUUUCUAUGACCUUGCAUCCAAAAGAAAGCGACAGUGAUGAACUUGAGGAUACAGAUGCCUUACAGAGACAAUUUACUCCAGAAGAGCAGAUGUUUAAGCAGACCUCAGAUAUGGAGGAUGUUUCUAUGACUUUGGAUCCAAAAGAAAGUGACAGUGAUGAGCUUGAGGAUACUGAUGCCUUACACAGACAAUUUACUCCAGAAGAGCAGAUGUUUAAGCAGACCUCAGAUAUGGAGGAUGUUUCUAUGACCUUGGAUCCAAAAGAAAGUGACAGUGAUGAGCUUGAGGAUACUGAUGCCUUACACAGACAAUUUACUCCAGAAGAGCAGAUGUUUAAGCAGACCUCAGAUAUGGAGGAUGUUUCUAUGACCUUGGAUCCAAAAGAAAGCGACAGUGAUGAGCUUGAGGAUACUGAUGCCUUACAGAGACAAUUUACUCCAGAAGAGCAGAUGUUUAAGAUGGCUGCAAAGAUCAAAACAUUUGAUGAAAUGGAAAAAGAUCAAGCAAAAAAGAAAAAAGUCAAAUUUGAUUUUGAUUGUAUUUCUAAAGAACCAAAAGAAGAAGUGCUAUCACCACAACAAAGUCCAUUGGACUUUAACACAGUGUUAACCAAUGAAUCACAAGAACAGUGGAUAGAGAACCUUACUGAAUCUGACCCACCUGGCCCAGUAUCACCCUUUUUUUCCUCAUCAUCAGGUGAUGAAUAUGACAGCCCUAAUUUAGCUAAGUCAUCACACAAGGUCUCAGAAGAAACCAUCCAGGUUUUAAAAACCAUGGACGAAGAUGAACAGGAUCAUAGCCAUUUGGGGACUGUUGAUUUACAACCAUGCACAUAUAGACCAUCUGUGCAAACACACAUAGAAAAUGAGGAAGAUUAUGAAAAGAUCCAUUCAGAGUGCUAUAAUGCAGUAAUUGGUGAGGUUUACACUACUGAUGCAACAGAGCAGGAUGUAGUUGUUACAUCACAAUUACAAAUCAAAAUGGAAAUUGAGAUAGCCAGUGAUGUUGACAAUAAGUCUCCUGGUGAGAGCCAAACAUCUGAAAAUAUCACUGAACCAAUUUCCCCACUUGAUCUUAUGUGUACUAAUACUGCUGAAUAUAAAGUGCUGGAUGAAACCCAAGCAGUUGCAUGCAUUUAUGAAGAGGACCAUAAAGGAAUAUCAAUAGAAAUGCCAUCAUCACCAAGAGACUUAGUUCCCUGGAGUGCUGAAAUAGAAGAUGAUGAAGCAUUUGAUGCACGAAUCGAGGCUGAAGAGCAGAAAAUACUUGCUUUGUGUACGGACAGACGAUCUCGUGAAACCACACCUGACACAACUCCAGGACGAACACCUACUGAAGAAGGGACACCAAAUCCAUUCCUUUUCCAAGAGGGAAAAUUGUUUGAAAUGACUAGAGGUGGAGCUAUUGACAUGACCAGAAGGACCGUAGAGGACAAUGAAGAAAGAGUCUUUUUCCAAAUAAAUGAAGAUCCAACUGAGCAAGAUACAUUUGAACAAGCAACAUCCAAUACCAGUGAAUCUGUUGCUUCUUUUGAGCUGCCCUUAGAUGGUAUAAUGCAGCAAGACCACAUUACAGAUGAGGCUGAUUCAAAAUCUGAAGCCUUUAGUGAAACUGAAACUGAGGAUCUUGUGCAGUCCAAAUUUCAGGACCCAAUCGAUUUUUCCAUGCAAAGUGAACAAGAGAGUCCCACAGAGAAUCGUUUAAUCUAUGAGGACACGCUUAUACCAAAUAUUGACACUGCCACAUCUACAGUAACACGAACUGUGUAUUCUGAGCAAGAUCUGGAAUCCUCUGACUCUUCAGUGGAAGAUGAUCAGCAUUCUGUUGUUGAAAUGCCCAUGUUCACUCAAGAAUCUGUUGAUUCAACUAGUGUUUCAGACCGUACUGUUAAUCAGAAGCAGUCAUUAUCUUCGUUUUCCACAGAGUCCAAAGAAAUUGUUACUGAAAUGGAAGACAUAACCCCCAAACCAAAAAUACACAUAAAAGCAGCUAGUUUUGACAGAACUUUAGGGCAAGGAGACUCUACUGAGCGAAGUCAAAGGCCUAAAUCUGAGGCUGAUAUUGAUCAUUCAGAAUGGUCCAUGUAUGUCGCAGAAGAUCACAUUAAUAUAGAUUUCCCCAAACCAAAGACUUUAUCCUCUCAGCUGCCUUUUCCACAGGAUCAAGAUGAUUUACCACAGCCAUACAAUCAACCCGAACCUUCUUUUGAAUGCUCUCAGGAAUUGGACCUAACAAAGACAGAGUAUGAAAAAAUCAAGGGAGACAGAGCUUCUUUUGACUCAGACAUAGAAAGUAAUUUGAAAAUAGUUCGACCCCCAUCUAUAGGUGAGGAUGUCUUUGAGACAAGACCCAACUGGGAAGAUAGUGUGGAGACACAGAUGCAGAGAAUCUCAGACAGCACCACUCCAGACCAAUGUAAAGCGGAUUGGCAUGAUGAUGCAGAUAGGAAAGAAGAAACUUUGGCCAUCAUUGCUGACCUUCUAGGUUUUAGCUGGACAGAGCUAGCCAAAGAGUUGGAGUUUAAUGUGGACGAGAUUCAGCAAGUGCGUGCUGAAAACCCAAACUCACUACAAGAACAGAGUCAUGCCCUUUUACAGCGCUGGGUAGAGAGAGAAGGAAAGCAUGCAACUGAAGAUACUUUGAUUAAAAGACUUACCAAAAUAAACCGCAUGGACAUUGUUCAUCUUAUUGAGAUUCAAAUGCACAAGUCAGUCCAAGAGCAAACCUCAAGAACAUAUGCAGAGAUCGAGAAAACCCUGGACCACAGUGAAGCUCUCUCCUCAGUUCAAGAGGAUGUUGACAGUGUUCGGAUGGUGCGGAGGGUGGAGACAUCACAAAGGCAUCCUCCAGCUGUGUCAGAAGAAGACUUAUCUGUGGCCUCUCUCCUUGACAUUCCAUCAUGGGCUGAAACAAUGGGAAAUGCUCAUUCAGAGAGCAUUCAUGGGGAUCUAAUGGAGGAACUGGAGAUCAUCCAGGACAACUUCACCAAUCAGUGGCCAUCCCAAGAACUCAAGAAAGAACCUACUAAUGAGGCUGCAGAAGUUUCAUCAUCUGAGGAGGAUAUUGAAGCUGAGUGUGAACUUUCAGACCAUGAAAAUGUCUGUCCAUCUCCAUCACCCAUGGGUUUGAACAGUUUGUCAGAAAUUCCUCAACUAAAUCAAUCAGAGGCAUCUCAAAAUGUUUUUGAUUUCAGUCAGGUAACUAUUGCCAGAUUUUCAUCAAGUGAUAAUGCAGCUGUUUCGCCAACAGUUGAAACUGGCAACAUAGUACCCGACCUACUGAAACACACUUCACCAGACAGUCAAGAUGAAGAAUCUCAACUCCAAGUACCAAAGUGUCAGGAUGAAAGUUCUGUGGUUUUAGAUCAAGUGUCACCUGUGUAUGAAAAAAGUGAUUUAGAAAGUAAUGAAAAGUCAUUAAAGACAAAACUCUCUGAAUCCAGUGAAAUGUCAGACACCCCACAGUCAUCUCCAUGUCAUGAAAGCAGAUCAUCUGAAAGUGAUAGUUUGCUUCCUGAGAGAAUCCAAAUGUCUGACCAAAAUGUCAGUCCUCCUUCUUCUCUUCAUGCUCUUACUGGUACCAUAAAUGAGGCUGAUGACACUUUUUUACAGAGGCCUGAAACAUAUCAAGAAGUCUCAAGAGUUACUCCAGACCUUAUUAAGUCCUCUCCAGAAUCAGAUCAGGUGUUUGACAACAAAGAAAAGUUCAGUGAUUUAGACACAUCAGCAUUAUUGCAAAGCUAUGAGGUAGAACAGCAAAAUGUUGCUGAAACUUCUCUUGCAACUGCAUCGCUGCUAUCAUCUACCAAUAAUGAAAUUACAAUUUUGAAUCAAGAGCAAUCUGAAAACAUCAGCUUUUCACAGCAACCCUCGGAGCUAAUUUUGACUAAAGCGGAUCCCAAGACUGACUCUCAUGAUCUAUCAGAUUCUCCAGGAGAGCAAACAGAAACGUUAGGAGCAUACUGGGAUGAGAAUGAAGAUUGCUAUUGUCCUGAAGAAGAGCAUGAAAUAGAUACACAAUUGAAUUUAACUCAUGAACCUCUUAAAGAUGACACUCACGGCUUCAGAACUGAACUGUUGUCCCAGUCUGAAACUGACUCAGACACAUGGAUUCAAUCUGGAAAAACACAGUUGAGUGAAUCGUCUCCUUUCUUUAGCUCUGACAUCAGUCCACAAACACCAGAAACAGUCAUAGCUUUUGAACAUUUUGACUUCGAGGAGCAAUCCUCUGAACUCAGAACAGGAAGUAUUGAAAACCCUGUUUCAGAAGACUCAAUGCCUGGCAAGCCCACAGCACCCCAAUGUUCAAUACGGCCACAGUCAGAAUCCUUUAUGUCUGGUGCAUCAUUCCAUCAGCUAGAUGAAAAGCAUUUUGGUCGUAGUCUAUCUGACUCUUCUCAACCUCUGGUAAACAUGAAUUCAGCAUUUGAGGAACCUUUAUCCCAGGAGAAUUUAUUUUCAGAAGAAAAACUUUUUGACCAGUGUCUCUCUGGGACUUCUGAAUCCUUGGCACGUAGUCUCACCAAGUCAGUGCUCGGGGAACCUGUUUCCCAGGAUGACAGUGGCAAGGCAUUAAUUGAAAAAGACUCAGGACAACCAGAGUCAGAAUCGUUUAUGUCCAGUGAAACAUCCCCACAGUCAGAAGAAAAACCUUUUUCUGGGUUCUUUGAACACUUGAUAGAAACUGUAAAUGUGAAACCAAUGCUUUCUCAAGAAAGUUCGGGGACUUCUUCUGAGGAUGAAAAAAGUAAAGUUUCAAUUUCCCAAAGUUCAAAACGGCUACUGUCUGAAUCAGAUAUGUGUGGUUUAACAUCCCAACCGUCAGAAAGUCGUUCUGGUCGUUUUCUCUCUGAGACCUCUGAACCCUACAGUGUUAAUAAUCCACUGCUUGAUGAACUGCAGAAAGUGGCUCAAACAGAGAACUCAUCAUCUGAUCAACCUGCCAUCUCAGAGGUGGAUGUUUUACCAGUUUUUGAAUUUGAAAGUUCAAAAUGCCAUCUUGGUGUGUAUCAAGAGCAUUCAUUUAUUGAAAAACCAUCAAAAGAAUCAGUGGGAGAUACUGUAUCUCAACUGCCUGAAAACAAAAACUUAGAGGUGGGCACAGAGAUGGAUUCCACCACUGAUGUACCAAAGCCAUGCAAAGAUGCAACACCAAAACUCAUUGAUCAACAUGAUGACUCUGAUCUGGAGACAUUUUUCGACUGCAAACAGACCACAUCAGACUACUCUGAACAAGAGGAAGACGAGCCAUGGAAAAACCCAAUAGCCCUUAGUAAGAAUGUCCUGAAGUCUACCGUUGAAGAACUGAAACAGCAACUAGACCUUAGUGGUCCCUCAGCACAUGUGCCAUCUGAUGAGAGCCCUCGCUGGUCUAUAAAGUCUUCAGAUAGUGACGAUUUUGAGGAUUCCCCUACCAUCCAUGAACCCAGUGAGGAGGAGAAAGAUGUUUACUUUUCAACUCGGGAUUCUUCUUCACAACCUCCUCAGGAGCUUCCUCCUCGAGGAGGGGCUGAGUAUAAUGAUGAUGAUGAUGAUGGUGGUCUGAGGAGGGAGAUUGAUGAGGCAUUAGGUGUGCUGUCAGAUAGUUCUGAUGAAGAUGUGCUGACCACCAGAGUGGUGCGAAGAAGAGUCAUUAUACAGGGCGACGAUGUUCCAGAUAUUCCUCCACAGUCCGUGACAGAAGAGCAAUAUACAGAUGCACAGGGAAACCUAGUAGUGAAGAAGGUAACCAGGAAGGUGAUUCGUCGUUGUGUUUCAUCUGAUGGGGUGGAGAAAGAGCAGGUGAGGGUGGAGGGCUCUGAACAACACCCUGUCAUUGUGGAGAAGGGGGAUGGAUACUCCAGAGUGAUGAAGAGGACAGUACUUAAGAGUGAAGGACAUCAGACAGAGGUGACUUUUCAUGAACGAGAUGUCACGUCAUCUUCAAAGGAGGAGAUUGCUGGAGGUUCACAGGUCAGGCAGGUGUUCCAGACGACAGUGGUACAUGGAGAACAUCUGGAGAAACAAGAGGGUGAUUCUGAGCUCGCUGCAGACAUCUCUUCUGCCCGGGAUGACUUCACCCAGGACGAAGAUGCAGAAGUCUAGGACCAGGAGGAGGACAGCAGUGAGGGAUGCUGGAGGACAGAAGAGAGUGCGCAUGGAGCAGAUAGACGAUCGUUCCGAGCACCAUGACAACCUACAGCAUCGCCUCCAUCACUUCGUUCACCACUACUGUGCCCAAAACAACAGAGAGGAAGAAAGGGAGGAAGCAGAAGAGAAGGAGUGAUGGAUUCCUCCCCUUUAUUUUCCUCUCCUAAUAUUCCAUCUCUCCUUACCUCUCCUAUGCACCAUGCUCAUGCAAUCCCAGAAUGCACUUUUCCUUCCUGCCACUUAACACAGUCUUCCCGUCCAGUCAAACUGUAUUCAAGUAAAUGGACGAUAUUCCUGCUCACUUUAUUUCCCCAUAAGUGCGUCUAUCUUCUGCCUUUUACUCUGUGACCAAUGGGUGUUCUUUCUUUCCAUAUUUUCUUCUUCUCAUGAAUCAGUAGCUAUAGUGUAUGCAAACAAACAAACACGAUCAUAAACGGAUUUAUUUUAAGUUGUUCAUACUCAAACAUUUAAGCUUGAAUUUAAAAAAGUUGUAUUGCACUGCCUAACACAACUAUUAAACUUAUCAUCACCACAUUAUAUCAACACAUGCUCUGUUGAUCUCAUCCGUUGAGAUCUGAAACUUUGCCUUCUUUAUCAGCUGUCGGGGUAUCGUGCGUCUGUGUAAUCUGUCCAUAGAAAGUAUAUAUACAUGCAUUUUUAAACGACAGUAUAGAGCACAUUAGCCACCUGUAAGGAUAUUAGCAGGCAUGCUUAGCUAGCAGCAUUCACUUACUAAUGUCGAGCUCUUUCUAUUGUUAGACACCUGUCGUAUCUUUUAUCUCACCCCUCGCUAUGUGUGUGUGUCUGUGAUCUGUAGCAAUCCUAGCUUGAUCAUUAUCAUCAUCAUCGAAGGUCAAAUAUUUCAUUUUUUCUUAUAAUACAGUAUUAUUACGGUUUUCAACGCAGGCAACGUGGCAGUUUAAAGAGGGAUUUGGAAAUCUGGAAUGUUCUCAGAUUUGAAUAUUUUUGUGAAAUGACCCUUUUAUUUUUCUUUAUGGGUAUGUGCGAGUGUGCUUGUGAAUGUUAGAAAGAUACAUUUGAGAUUUUAUUUUAAAAAAAUUAUAUUUCUUUCACUGUUGUGUAUAUAUUGCUCAAUAUCAGUAUAUUGUCAGAGUAUCUUGCUCUGAGGUAUUUGUGAUGGUGAAUGCUUACAAUUUUUUUGUUGGUUUUUAAAAAGAUGCUUUAGUUUAUUUAAACUAAAUGUCAGAUAGAAACUGAAUGAAUCUGUGCAUUUUAAUGUACACUUCACGUGCCCUUUAUGAUUCAACAUUAAAAGUUGGCAUCCACUUAUCUAGUAGCUUGUUUUUCUGAAUGCAGCUGUAUCAGUAGAGGUUUUUCCUUUUGGUGCUGAUCCCAGGCCAGCUGUGCUUUUUCCCUCAUAAUAGUUAAAAUUAGAAAUUUUGAUGUGGACAACUGGCCCCGGAACAGUGUUGAAUGUCAUCCUUGAAAUAGGUUGAACACUGCUACUACUGUACUUUCACUGUGACUGGCCCACGUUUGAUUUACUGAAUCUGCAUUCUGUGUCUGUGGAGAUAAGAAUAUGCAUAAAUAUAUAUAUAGUACAUAUAUAUAUAUAUCUAUCCAUAAAGGCAUGUAUUAGUUUACUAUACAACUUUUAAAAAAGACAUUUAAACGCUAUACAUUGGCUGCAAUGUGUGUAUAUGGCUGAACGAGAAUAAAGGUGUACAAGUGUCAUAACCUGCA